UCAGCACACUGGAUUGUGGUGCACAGAGCUAUAAUGGCUAUAAAAGAUGUGGAUGGGAUGCUUUCUUCAUUGGAUCCUGAGUACUAUGAUAUCCUAAUGAAGUACUUGUAUAGAGGCUUAGCUACCGGAGAUCGUCCCACAUGCGAUCAAUGUCUUCGNAUUCAUGAAAAAUUGACAGAGAAAGCAGGACUUGGUUGCAUCCUACGUUUCCUGACUGAUACUGUAAAUACAGUUUGAUUUCUGAACUACCUUUAUAUUUUAAAUUUUUGUUCUUUUCNUUUGGUGUUUUUGAUUUUUCUUGUCUAUGCAAGACUACAGCAAUCAAUGUAGUGAAGUAUCAGGGAAAUAUAUUAAUGUUGGAUUGUUGGAUUCAANGUAAUAUGAACUUUACCUUUUCAA